AACAGAAGAACUGGAACUCUGUAAGCCAGCUGAUUUUCCACUUUAAAAAGACAAUCGUGAAGCAAAAAAAGGAAACAAAAUACACAUUUAAAAGGAGAAAAAAGGCAGAAGGGAAGCUAAACAAUAGCAGAGAAAAAGAACUCUACCACUUCUCUGAGUGUUUCUGUUUAUAUACUUCAGACCAUCUUAAAGAAAAGAAAAGAAAAAGGUAGGAGAAAGUUUACAAUGGGUAGAAAAACAUUCAAGAGUACAUCAGGAUUCAAACACAAUGGCAGUGUCCACCCCCAGGAAAAACAAAAUCAAUCCAUGGAGCAAGAAAAGAGCAUCUCUAUGCAUAAAAACUACCAAAGCAGUUGCCUGAGUUCACAGCAAAGAACUGAAACAGAGGAGAAACCUUAUAAAUGCAUGGAGUGUGGAAAGAGCUUCCGUCACCGCAGUAACCUCAGUUCCCAUAAAAAGAUUCACACGGGAGAGAAACCAUAUAAAUGUAUGGAAUGUGCAAAGAGCUUCAGUCACAGCAGUGACCUUAGUAUUCAUCAAAGAACUCACACAGGAGAGAAACCAUAUACAUGCACAAAAUGUGGGAAGAGCUUCAGUCACCGAAAUAGCCUUAGUUCACAUCAAAGGACUCACACCGGAGAGAAACCAUAUAAAUGCAAAGAAUGUGGGAAGAGCUUCCGUCACCGAGAUAGUUUCAAAGGACAUCAAAGAACUCACACAGGAGAGAAACCAUAUCAAUGCAUGGAAUGUGGAAAGAGUUUCAUUAAGAAAGGCAGCCUUAAUUCACAUCAAAGGACUCACACCGGGGAGAAACCAUAUAAAUGCAUGGAAUGUGGGAAGAACUUCCGUCACAGCAGUGGCCUUAUUUCACAUCAAAGGACUCACACGGGAGAGAAACCAUAUCAAUGCAUGGAAUGUGGAAAGAGCUACAGUAGCAGCGGUCACCUUAUUGCUCAUCAACGAAAUCACACAGGUCAGAAACCUUAUAAAUGCAUGGAAUGUGGAAAGAGCUUCAGUCAGAAUGGCAUUCUUCGUAAACAUGAAAUAAUUCAUACAGGAGAAAAGCCAUAUAAAUGCAUGGAAUGUGGAAAGAGUUUCACUCAAAGAGGUAACCUUACUUCACAUCAAAGAACUCACACUGGGGAGAAACCAUAUAAAUGCAAAGAAUGUGGGAAGAACUUCAGUUUGAGCCUUAGCCUUAUUUCACAUCAAAGGACUCACACAGGACAGAAACCAUACAAAUGUAAGGACUGUGGAAAGAGCUUCAGUCAAUUAAGUCAUCUAAAUACACAUCAAAGGACACACACAGGGAAGAAACCAUAUAAAUGUAUGGAAUGUGGAAAGAGCUUCAGUCGAGGUGGUACUCUCAGGAUACAUGAAAGAAUUCAUACCGGGAAAAAACCAUAUAAAUGCAUGGAAUGUGGAAAGAGCUUCAAUCAAAGUGGUAACCUUCGUUCCCAUCAGAGAAUUCACACUGGAGAGAAACCAUACAAAUGCAUGGAAUGUGGAAAGACCUUCAUACACAGCAACCACCUUAGUGCCCAUCAAAGAACUCACACUAAGCAGAAACCAUAGCAAUGCACGGAAUUUGAAAACCAUAGCAAUGCACGCCAGUAGUCUUGGUUUUCA